ACGACGUGGUGAGUGAUGAAGAUGUUGAUGAUGAUGAUGGUGGUGAUGGGUGAUGAAGAUGAUGGUGAGAAGUGAACGUUGCCUCUCUCUCUCUCUCUCUCUCUCUCUCUUGCUCUUUGAGUAAUAAAAGGCGCGCGCACCAGUCGCUUGAAAGCCCUUGCGCACGUCACGCGCACGUCCGGCUCUUCAGUCCCCGCGCGCCUUUACGCGCGCAUCUUUACGCGGCGGCGGCGGUUGUUUCGGCGCGAGCUUCCCCGCUCGGCGAUGGACGACGACUUUGCGUCCAAACUUCCGGUGGAGGUUCGCGGGUCCAACUGGAGCCAGGAGUCGCCGGACGGCGGGGAGACGAGCGGCUCGUACGUGGCGGUGCGCUGCGUCAUGGUGUCGGCGUACACGCUGAUCGUGGUGGUGGGUCUCGUGGGCAACGUGACGCUGGUGAAGAUCUUCAUCAGCACGUCGGCCAUGAGGAGCGUGCCCAACAUCUUCAUCAGCAGCUUGGCGGCAGGAGACCUCCUGCUGCUCCUCACCUGCGUGCCCGUCGACGCCUUCCGCUUCUUGUCCCACCAAUGGCUGCUCGGCCAGGCGGCGUGCAAGCUCAUUCCCGCCAUUCAGCUCACCUCCGUCGGCGUGUCCGUCUUCACGCUCACCGCCCUCAGCGCAGACAGGUACAAGGCCAUAGUCAAGCCCAUGGACAUCCAGACGUCUGGCGCCGUCUUCUGGACAUGCGUGAAGGCGGCGUCCAUCUGGCUGCUGUCCGUCCUGUUGGCCAUCCCCGAGGCCGUCUUCUCCCAAGUGGUCUCCAUGCAGGGUCAAAGGGACAGCGAGAACGUGACCUUCAUCAACUGUGUCCCCUACCCGCUAUCUGACCAGACACACCCCAAGGUCCACUCCCUCAUGAUCUUCCUGGUCUACUUCCUGUUCCCGCUGGCCGUCAUCUCCGUCUACUACUACCACAUUGCACGCACGCUCACGCGCAGCGCGCACGACAUGCCGGGGGAGGUCAGCGAGCACACCAAGAGACAGAUGGAGACCAGGAAGCGUCUGGCUAAGAUCGUGUUGGUCUUCGUGGGAUUAUUCGCCGUGUGCUGGCUGCCCAACCACGUGCUCUACAUGUACCGCUCCUUCCACUACCAGCAGAUGGACGUGUCACUAGCGCACCUGCUGGUUACACUGCUAGCACGCGUCCUCAGCUUUUCCUCGUCCUGCGUCAACCCCUUCGCCCUCUACUUGCUAAGCGACAGCUUCCGCCGCCACUUCAACAGUCAGCUGUUCUGCCGCCGCCCGCGCCCAGAGCGCCAGGCCAGCUACCUGCACAGCACCUCCCAUAUUCGUCUCACCUCCAUAAAGAAGGCCACGGCAAGCGCCACCCCCGCCAACGGCACCUGCGGCAGGCCAGAAACGGCCAUGUGAUGACGAUUGUGAGUGUGACGUCACCGUCUUUCAUCUCAACGUCAAACAGAUCCUGCAGCUCCCUGCCUCCAUCAAGCCACUAAGCUAGCUAGCAUGCACACUGAUGAAGAAACAUGGUGGAGCAUAACGACGACACCAUCAGCCACUCCUCAGAAGGACCCUUCUGCCAUCAUGAUCAUCAGGGAAUCAAACAUGAAUCAUCGCUCAAUGAUUGCCACAUGAUGCACUUGAGCACGUAGCGUUAGCAUGUAGCUCAUGACACAGUGUGCAGCCUCCAUUAGUGGCGACAGGAAGUGAGAGGCCGAGGAGGAAGCCAUUAAGAAGCAAUCAGGAAAAGCAAUCCUGCCUCACUUUUGCUGUGAUGGAUGGGAGUGGGGGGGGGGAGAGGAGGUUCAGCCCGUCCUUUUGGGAAGGAUUGUCUUGUUGGAGAAAAUGAGCACUACCUGUUGACAUAUAAAGGUUUCCCUCUUUCACAUUACUGACAUCAUCAUUAACGCCAUGAUCAAUGACAUCAUCAUCAGUACACGGUUCAAAGUGUUGCUGGGCAAAGAAAAAGAUGAACAGGAGUCUUUUGUGUUCAAAAGUGUACACGUAAAUG